UUUAUAUCCAGUCUGUAAGAAAUUCACAACAAAAUAAUGCACAAUAAAAUAAACACCAAUACUAUGGCUUAAUUACAGGAGCUUACGUCCGUUAGUGUACAUUUGAAGGGAUCAGUCCUAAAAGACCCGUAAGAAGAAACAAAAUGACACGGAGCUUUAACGAUUUCCGGAGUGAGCUAUUACACACCCAGAAAACUCAGACCAUCAAGAUAACAUGUCCAUAUUUCUUUGGGUAAUUUUGUCGAACACGUGAGAUACAAAACUUUGGAAACUGAUUGAACUAAUCUGCAAUGGGCCUAACAAGUGAUUAAACUAAUCUGCAAUAAGGGUAUUUGCAAAAUCAACAGUUGGGUGGUGGUGGCGACAGACAGAGGGUUGGUGAGGAAGAAGGCUCUGAUGCCGCUGGCAGGGGAUGGGCAGCAGCGUUUGGCUCUGACGCCGCUUACUGCGGGUGUGCAGUGGCAUAGAGGGAAGAAGACAGUGGGACAAAUUGGGGUGGGUUUGGAGGCAAACAGUGGGAUGUGGUGGUGGUGGGGGAGGGGGUUUGGAGGCGAUGGCGCUGUGUGUUGGUAG